AUGCCGAGCAGCUCGGACAGCGCGCUGGGGGGGGGCGGGGGCGGGGGCGGGGGCGGGGGCCUGAGCUGGGCCGAGAAGAAGCUGGAGGAGCGCCGCAAGCGGAGGCGCUUCCUCUCCCCGCAGCAGCCGCCGCUCCUGCUGCCGCUCCUGCAGCCGCAGCUCCUGCCGCCCCCGGGGGUGGGGGGCGGCGGCCCCGGGAGCAGCGGCGGCGGGCUCAGCCCUCCCGGCGGCUACGAGGACGCCGCCGCCGCCGCCGCUGCCGCUUCCCCGUCCGGGGCCGGGUCGGGGCCCGGCAGCCCCGCCUCGUCGUCGGGCGGCCAGCGACGCGGGGACGGGGCGGAGCGGCGGCCCCGCCGGGACCAUCGCAGCGCCGGCGGCCGCGGCAAGGACCGCCACCGCGAGCACCGCCGCAGGGACGGCCAGCGCGGGGGCUCGGACUCGUCCAAGGCCCGCGGCCGACACCCGGCCGCCGACGGCGACGAGCGCAGCGAGCCCGCCCGCUCCUCCUCCUCCUCCUCGGCCGCCCGCAGGAAGAGCGCCUCGGCCGGGAGCGGCGGCCGCAAGGAGCGGGACUCCAAGCCCCGCCGCAGCCGGACUAAGUCGUCGGCCAAGGAGCCGCCGGCCGCCUACAAGGAGCCGCCCAAGGCCUACCGCGAUGACAAGCCCGAGCCCAAGGCCUACCGCCGCCGCCAGCCGCCGCCGCCGCCCGCCACCUCGUCGUCGUCGUCGUCGUCGUCGUCCCAGCCGGCGCGGAGGUCCCUCAGCCCGGCCGGGGCCCGCGACGACGGCCACGGCCACGGCCACAGCCCCCACCGCGCCGCGCAGGGCCCGCGGGGCCGCAAGUCCCCCGGCUCCCCGCCCGCCUCGGGCUCGGGCUCGGGCUCCGGGCCCGGCGGCAGCCCCCCGUACUCGCGGAGGCCGCAGCCCCGCUCCCCCAGCCCCUACGGCCGCCGCCGCUCGCCCAGCUACAGCCGCCACAGCUCCUACGAGCGCGGAGGGGGCGGCGACGCCUCCCCCGGACCCUACGGCGGCGGCAGCUGGCGACGCUCCCGCAGCCCCUACAGCCCCGGGCCCAGGAGAACAGCCAAGUCUCGGAGCAGGAGCCCUUAUUCGUGUCGGCACUCGCGGUCCCGCAGCAGACACAGACUGUCCCGGUCGCGAAGCCGGCAUUCGAGCAUCUCCCCAAGCACCCUGACCCUGAAAAGCAGCCUGGCGGCCGAACUGAACAAAAAUAAAAAAGCCAGAGCCGCCGAGGCAGCCAAAGCUCAGGCGAAAGCGUCCAACGCCUCCACGCCCACAAAGGGGAAUCCCGACGCGGGGGCCGGCACAGCCCAAACGAACCACGUGAAGGACCUGAAGAAGCUUAAAACGGAGCACACCCCUUCUCCCACCGCUGGCGGCCCACCGAAGACCGACAAGGCGAAAGCCAAGACGCCCCUGGCUCAAGCAGCCAAGGUGGAGAACAACGUGACCGUAGACAAAGCUGCCAAGAAAGGGGCGGUAGCCGUCAAAGAGAGUAAACCGGCUGGCCUUAAAGAGGAACCCGUCCCCGCCAAGGAGAAAAGCAAACCGCGGACUCCGAGCGUGGGAGUCAAAGAGAAAGAUCCCCAUUUGGCGUUAGUCACCUCGACGUUGCCCCCUCUACCUUUUCCUCCCAUGCUGCCCGAAGAUAAGGACGCAGACAGCUUGCGAGCAAGUAUUUCAGUCAAGGCAGUAAAAAAAGAAGUGGAGAAGAAACUUCGCUGUCUACUUGCAGACUUGCCACUUCCACCCGAGCUACCAGGAGGAGAUGAGUUAUCGAGAAGUCCUGAGGAGAAGAAGACUCCAACACAGCCUCAUGGUAAAAGGAGGCCUAGAAUAUGCGGACCCCGAUUUGGUGAAAUUAAAGAAAAAGAUAUUGACUGGGGAAAACGCUGUGUGGAUAAAUUUGAUAUCAUUGGAAUCAUUGGAGAAGGCACGUAUGGACAAGUAUAUAAAGCCAGGGAUAAAGAUACAGGAGAAAUGGUGGCCUUGAAAAAGGUGCGUCUGGAUAAUGAAAAGGAAGGCUUCCCAAUCACAGCUAUUCGGGAAAUUAAAAUCCUUAGACAACUCACCCACCAAAGUAUUAUCAACAUGAAGGAAAUAGUAACAGACAAGGAAGAUGCAUUAGAUUUCAAGAAGGACAAAGCCAGAGGCUUGAUAGAGGGAGAGAAGAAAAAAACUGGUGCCCAAGAGAAUCACCUCAUCCGCACCUUCAUCGGUGCAUUCUAUCUGGUGUUUGAAUAUAUGGACCAUGACCUGAUGGGAUUGCUAGAAUCGGGCUUGGUUCACUUUAAUGAAAACCAUAUAAAGUCAUUCAUGAGACAGCUGAUGGAGGGCUUGGAUUACUGCCACAAGAAGAACUUUUUGCAUAGAGAUAUUAAGUGUUCAAAUAUCCUACUAAACAACAGAGGGCAGAUAAAGCUUGCAGAUUUUGGACUUGCUCGACUAUACAGCUCCGAGGAAAGUCGACCCUACACUAACAAAGUGAUCACAUUAUGGUACCGGCCUCCAGAACUGCUGCUUGGAGAGGAGCGAUAUACGCCAGCUAUCGACGUCUGGAGCUGUGGGUGUAUUCUUGGCGAACUCUUCACUAAAAAACCCAUUUUCCAAGCAAAUCAGGAACUGGCCCAGCUUGAACUAAUAAGCCGCAUAUGUGGAAGCCCAUGUCCUGCAGUGUGGCCUGAUGUCAUAAAACUUCCCUAUUUCAACACUAUGAAGCCAAAGAAGCAAUAUCGACGCAAGCUGAGAGAAGAAUUUGUUUUUAUUCCUCCAGCUGCAUUAGAUUUGUUCGACUACAUGCUGGCCUUGGAUCCUAGCAAGCGAUGCACAGCCGAACAGGCUCUUCAGUGUGAGUUCCUGCGGGACGUCGAACCCUCGAAAAUGCCUCCACCAGAUCUUCCUUUGUGGCAAGAUUGCCACGAGCUAUGGAGUAAAAAGCGCCGAAGACAGAAGCAGAUGGGUAUGGCUGAUGACACGUCAAGUGCAAAAAUUCCCCGGAAGGAUCUGUCGGUGGGCAUGGAUGACAGCAGAACCAGCACCCCCCAAGGAAUACAAACUUCUUCCCAACUCAAAUCUCAGGGCAACUCUAGUGUAGCACUUGGUGAAAAGCAGCUGGAUCCACCAACCCCUCAACAGGAGGCUUCCAGACAGCUGGGGGGCGUGCAGCCCCCCAGCCAGCCCCCACCACCCAAAGCGGACACGGAUGCUGCCCAGGCCGCCGUGCAGAGCGCGUUUGCCGUGUUGCUGUCGCAGCUGAUCAAGGCCCAACAGUCGAAGCAGAAGGACGUGGCCCUGGAGGAGAAGGAGAACGGAGGAGGACUCGAUGGAACGGGGCUGCCCAAGCAGCCCCCGGAACCUUGCGCUCUGACUCCAGGGCAAGAGGACCACAUGCGGGAGAGGAGGGUUUUGGAGCAGAGCCCGGAGCCGGAGCGCCCUCGCAUCCUGCCUCCAGAUCAGCGGCCCCCUGAGCCGCCCGAGCCGCCCCCGUCCUCCGAAGAAGACCUGGAUUAUCGGACGGAGAACCCCCACGGAGCCAGCGCAGGCCCUCCGCCGCCAGACCCACACGCGGGGGUGAAAGCGGCCCUGUUGCAGCUGUUGGCCCAUCACCAGGGCCAGGAGGACGCCAAGGCGGAGCCGGGGGCGGAUUACCCGGCGGGCGACCCCUACGGCCCCAGCGCCACAGACUACAAAGAUCGUUUCGGACCCUCUUCCUUCUCCUCGGCACCUUACGUGCGGAACGAUGGGCUCGGAGGGGGGUGCGCCGCCUCGCUAGAGAGGCGAAGCUUCCUCGGGAACACCGACAUCCAGCCCUUGGAAAGCUACAGUUCCGCUUCAUCUCAUUCGGGCGGCCCGCCCCCACCCCCGCCCCCGCCCCCCACCUUCUCCGAGUCGUUCCCCGGCACGGCAGCCGGGUAUGGAGACGUUUACCUCAGCAGCGGCCCCAUGCUGUUCAGCGGCGAUAAGGACCACCGAUUCGAGUACAGCCACGGCCCCAUCGCCGUGCUGGCCAACAGCAACGACCCCCCGCCCGGGCCCGAGGGCACCCACUCUUUGCCAGCAAAGAUGCACAGUUACAGCUACAGCGGGAGCGUCCAGGAGAGCCCCGGGCGGCCCGGCCUCCUCCACGGCCAGUCUUGGACGGCAGGCACCCAGGGCGCCGCCUACCCCCAGGGCUACCGGGGACACGUCGGCGCGUCGGCCGGCCGGGGACGAGGCAGAGGACUGCCGUACUGAGUCUCGGUUUUUCCUCAGGCACAUUGUUUUUAUCUGGAAAGAUGUUUUCUAGCUGCAGUUUAAAGCAGCCGUCCGACAGACUUGAAUAAUAUUAAUUUGACAACAGCUUUAUUUUUAUGUGGAAAAGGGUCUCGCAUACAAUAGUUUCAACCCAACCAACCACCACCUUUGCUUAAAAUCCAUGCUGUUCCGAGCAAUCAGACCUACCGACCGUACAUCUUCACAAAUCCUACUUAUCAAUUUAAUUUUGUAUUUGGCAGAUUUAAGUGGAUGCUAAACGGAGGGACGGGAGCUUUUUAUGCCCCUCUAGCAGAGAUCUUCUGAACUAUGCACAUUUGUGCUUUUUUUUGUAAGUUUGGACCAACUUUUAUGUAAAGAAAAAAAAGUUUUACACCAAUCAGAAAGGGCACUGAUUUAUUUGGUAUUUUUCUUUUUACGCAGCAAAGGUCACUGUCAGUCCUUGCACCUGCUUUCAGUGUUAUUGUGGAGGUGUACUUUGUGCUCAUUUCAGAAAAUAAACACAACCUUUCUCUUGAUGCAACAGUUUUAUAAAAAAAAAAAAAAAAAAAAAAACACACAGUAACGGUCACUGUUAUCUUCUUUUCCUUCCCCAUCAGAUAGUAGAGGGACACACCAUUCGAACGAAACAGAGGGUUUUACGUGAGAACUACCGUGGGGUGGGAAAGUAAGUGCCUUAACAGGUAAGCUUAGGUCCGAUCCAACGUGGCCCUCUGCCUCUGCUCUGCUCUCGGAAGGGGGUCUUGGCCAGGGCCGGCGACCACAGAUGAAGUGGAGCCCGCUCUAGGACUUGGUCAUCUGGCGCACCCGCCUAUCUCCUUUCUCUGCCCCAUCUCCCUGACCUCCGCACUUCUACCCAAGCGCGAGGAGGAGGUGGGCUAAGGGGCCGGACCCCAGAUGGCUCCACAGCUGGGUGAAGAAUGGCGAGAGGCGGAAGGUCAGAAGUUACCGUGGCUCGCGGGGGUCCGCAUUCACGGUCCCAGGCUUCCGGGGGCGGUUGAGGGGCAACAGGAUAUGGGCGGAAGGCAGGGGUGUGGAUGGCAGUUCUGAGACACGUAUCUGCCCAGAGCCUCAGAAUGGUGACACAUUCCACCCAGCUGGCCGGCAGCAUUGCUGAGAUGGAGCGAGGGGAGGCGGUGGAGAAAGUGCUCUGGACAGGGUCUUCUCCCCGCUGUUCUCCCCUCACCCCCUCCACAUCCAAGUCUGGGGUCUCCGGCCAGACUUUUGUGGAAUCUCAUUGCCUGCUAAUGCUGUCUUUUUUUUUUUUUUUUUAAAUAGACCUGUGAAUGGAUGGAGUAAUCCUCAUUUCAGCUGUACUAGUGCCCAUUUUCCACACACAAAAACUAAUUUUCUAUUUGCUCAUAAAGAAUCACUACAGCAAAUAACCCGUAACCAGUAUUUACAUUUGGACUCCAUCCAAAAAUAGAGCAAUUCCAAAACCCUGGCUAUUAGUAGGGUGGUGUCAACUAAUCAUUCUUAUAUUAAUGAAUGCACUGAUCAUUCAUUGCUCAAUGGGAAUCCAAGUUGGAACUGUGAAUGGUUCCCAAAGCUGAAAGUUCUGGCACCCGUGGGUGGUUCCAGGACUCUUGCUUUUCGGGGUGUCCCUCUUGAGCUCCUGGCCAGCCUGCCUGCCAUGUAUGAGAGGGGCUUCUUUUGAAUAUUCUCCCCUCGGGCCGCUAAAGAAACAUCCAUACAGCAAUGGACACGACCGCAAAUCGGUACGCUCGGUCCUCCCGAAAGGCAGAGGCCGCGGGUCUCAUCCGAGAAGAAUGGCGUCGAAAUCGUGCAACUGGACUGACCCCACGGCUCAGGCGCAAGGAGGUUUUCUCCCACCAUUGCCCCUUGUCCUGGCGCCUUGUUGCCUCACAGGAGGGGUGAAAACACGCCUUGCUGGUGGAGCUGGAGGGUGUGGUGGCCGGGAUGUAAGAAGCACCUUCCUAGAAAGUGGAAAGGUACCCAUCCUUGGGCCAAAAGGAGGGGGGUUGCUGUCAGGGACUUCUCUUGGGGGAUGAAAGGGAGAAAGAAAAAAAAAAUCAAGGUGGUGUUGGAACUUGGGGCACGGGUGCCAGCCACACUGCAGGACCGGAAAGAACCUUCUAAAACAGAGCAGCUGCGAGUAUUCAGCUCUGCCGUCACAUAAGAUGAGUCUUUCCUGGGCAUUGCAGAAUCUAGGUUAUUCUCAGUCAUGCCCCCAGAGUGGGUCUCCUGCUGCUCUUCAGCAGCUCACCUGGAACUGAAGAUAUGUAUGUGACUGGAUUAGCUUGUGUUUUGGAAGAAAUUAAAUAUUUUCUAAAAAAUUGAA